AUGAAUGAAAACGAAGAUGAUGAUGCCACUAUAAUCUAUCAAGCAUUCUCAAAGUUGAAUGAGGAUGAAUUUAAGGAAACAAACUUUGAAGAACUACUCAAUAAAGAGCAUGUUACAAUUACAUAUUCUGAUACAAGUGAUCAUGAUAUGACUUUAACUACUGUAUAUAAUACUGCAAAGGAAGAACAAAAGGUUUUACCUCUAAAUAAACAAUAAACUAAAGAUAAGCCGAUAAACCAAAAAGUGAAUGUAUCUUCUCAGAUUAAGCAAUAAAUUCCUAUAUAAAGCUUAUGCCUCAACACUAAAAAACCUGCUUAAUAAAUUAAAUAGGCGAAUGUUCCUCCUAAGAAAUAAGGUUUAGAUCCGAAAACAUAAAAAACUAAGGUGAACAGUGACAUUGCGAAGAAAGAUGGAAGUACAGGAAGUGAAAUAAAGCCAGUACUUUAGAUAGAAAAAAGCAAAAGUGCUGGAAGUGAUCAUCUGAAGUUAGACGGUGGUGUAUUUCUAAUAAAAAGUAAUGGAAAGAGUGUCAUAGUAAAUCAGAAAAUGUAUAAUUACUUUGGAGAUGAUUGCGUUGAUAAAAUAGCCAAGAAUUAGACUUUGAUAUUUGGAUCCUAAACUUAAUAGAGACUAGAAAAUAAGCUUGAAACAACAGAAGAAAUAAUUGAUAUGUUGAAGAUGUCUUAACAUUUUAAGCACAUUGAAAAUAUUUAGAAACUGGCUGAAGGGGGAGAAGCUAUAGUAUAUAAGCUAAAUUACAUUGGUUACGAUGAAGUUGUAAUAAAAGUGCCUAAGAUAAAGAAUUCUGCUAGAAUGAGCAGCUUUGAAUAAGGAGAGGCUGUGAUAGAGGGUUUUGUCGACUUAAUUACUGAAUCAUAGCUCAUCAAAAGUAUCUAUCAUGAAGAUUAUCUUGUGGAAGUCAAAGAAGAAAUAAUAGAAAUUGACCUUGAAAGGAAGUAACUCAUGAGAUAUUUGGUUAUAGUGGAGAGGGCAAGAUAUUCUUUAUAUGAUCUCUAUUCAUUUAAAGCCUCUGAUAAUAGUGUUGUUGAAAAAACUGGCUUAUGGUUUAAAAAGAAGGAAGCUAGUAAAAAUCUUGAAAGGUUUUCUGUCUAUAAAUUCUACUAUUACUUUUACCAGGCUGCUAAAGCAAUAGAAUAUUUGCAUGACCUAGGAAUUAUUUACUCUGAUUUUAAACCUUAGAAUUUGCUAGUUAUGAGAAAUUAAAAAGUAAAAAUUGGGGAUUUUGGAGUAAGCAUUCUUACUAGUAAGUAAUAAAUAAAGUAUAAAUUAAGAGGCUUAUCACCAUAAUGGUGCAUUCCAGAGAUCAGAGAUAGAUUUAAUAAAUGUCAAUUUGAGGGAGAUAUGAGUAAAUUUUACAGGACUAAAUGGAGCAUUUAGUAGCUAAAGCUCAAUGACUAUUAUGCUCUUGGACUUACUUUUUAUUCUGAAUUGAUUCGAUUCCUGGUUUAAAAAGAUUAAUUGAAUUAAGAGGAUGAACAAUUCGUUAACUUUUUCGGGAAAAUUGGGGUAGAAUUGGCAUUGUAAAGAUCUAUUGACAUAAAGGAAGCCAACAGUAAGCUAGACAUAUAUCUUAUGGGUUCCUCUAUAUUUUUGCAAGAGCUUAUAACUAUUCUUAAAAACGAGAAAAAGUACGAGGCAGCUUAUGAAAUUGGCAGAAUACUCAGAAAUUAAUACGAUAAAUUGCAAUUUGAAAAUGAAAAAAUUCAAAUGAGCUUAUUCUACCUUAGACUUAAUUAAAUUAUGUGCGAAUUUAAGAUCUUCUAAGGAGAUUACUUGUAGGCAAUAGAGCACAUCAAAGUAAUUUAAGAAAAGUCUAUUGAAUACUUGAAAAAUAACCAGGAUAAAGAUUCUAUUUACACAAUCUAGCAGUUAUAAUUUGAAAAUUAGAUUAAUUAUGCCAGUAUUUUACUCAACCUUGGAAAUAUUAAAGAAGGAGAGAUCGAAACUCUAAAAUUAUUUUAAGAGUUUAAUAAAAAUACCUCUUUGUAUGAGAGUUUUUCAAUGAGAGUUUUGCAAUUAGAGGGUUAGUUUUACAUGUCUAGAGGUGAUAUAAGUUCUGCAUUACCUAUAUAUUAAAAGUAUAGUAUGAUGAUAGAAAAAAUGAAUAGCUCUUAAGAGAGUUAGAUACACUCAUUUAUGAAAUUAGGAGAAAUGUUUAGCAGGAUGAAGGAUUACCAAAAAUCUUUGAAGUAUUAUCAGUAAGCUAAUGAACUUCUAUUAAAAGAAUACGGCGUCUAUGAACCAAUUAAUCUUGAAUGCCUGCAAGCUAUUGGGAACAUUUAUCUUCAGCUUGAGGAACUUGACAAGGCCACAACAUUUUUCAACUAAGCACUUGAAAUUUGUCAGACUAUAUUCGGUGAAAGGAAUGUUAAGACUGCAGAAACAUACAGAUAAUUUGCCGAUCUAUUUAAUAAGCUAAAAUCUUCAAAGGCUAUAUUUUACUAUGAGAAAGCCAAGUCUAUCUAUGAGUUUCUUUAUGAAGCAGAUAACAUUCAUUGUGUGGUCAUUUUUAACAAUUUAGGUGGUUUAUACUUACAUCUAAAUGAUCAAGCGAAAGCUGAAGAAAUGUGUCUUAGAUCUUUGGCUAUCAAGAGGAAACUCUAAGUUGAAGACAAUUUGGAUGUUGCUUAUAUUUAUCAAAAUUUAAGCAGAAUCAAAAUUAAGGAGUAGAAUAUGGUUGAAGCACUCAGAUAUAUGUAGCUUGCUUAUGAUAUCAAAUUAAACAAAUUAGGACCUUAACACUAAGAAACAUUAGACACUUUGCUACCUUAUUUGAAAUUGCUUUGUUAAGUUGGUAAAGUCCCUGAAGCUCUAAAUAUUUGCCUAAAUAGUGUUGAAUUGGCAAAGGCAGUAAUGAAACCUUAAGAUCCAGCAUUAAUAUAACUUUAAUAACUAUUUGGAUAGAUUCUUGUGAAAAGUUAAUAACUGAGCAAGGCAGAGCAGAUUUUCUUAGACCUUUUGAAUAUAAUAGAGAAUGGAGAUAGAUAUCUAAAAGACUUGCUUUUGUAUAAAAUUCUUAGAGAUUUAGGAGUGGUUUAUGAAGUCACAGAGGAUGAAAGAAUGAUCGAUAUCUACAAGAGAUGUCUCAUUCAUUGUGAUUAAGUAGCAGAGGAAUUCGGACUGUAUAAGAGCAUUGGAGGAUUCCUUUUAAAGAAGCAAAAGCUUGAAGAAGGUAAAGAAUAUCUGCUAAAAUCAAUUAAAAUUCUGGAGAAAUACAGAGAAACGGAUCCAAUGAUGAAGUAGUUAGAUAUACUAUACUAUGCUAAAAUCGAAACGAAUUUGAAACAAUGUGAUGAAGUUAUUGCUCAUAACAAAAAUGUUUCAGCUUAGAUGCUUUUGAGAAAAUAAUGA